CUAGAUCUAGAUCUAUCUGUAUCUCUAGUGGUAGAUGCAUGCUAGAUCUAGAUCUAGAUCUACGUGUAGAUUUUAUCUCGAAUCUCGUAGUUUAUUUAAAAUAGAAACAGAUCGUUAUUUUACGUAGGGCCUAGUAUUUUGGAAUGAGCUCCCUUGAAGACUUACUGAAAAGGGAACUUGGUGUUACCUCCCUGCAAAGAACGGGUGAAGGAGGUGGGGGGUGUAUCAGCCAAGGCACAGCCUAUGAAACUGAAAAUGGGAAAAUAUUUGUGAAAUUUAAUAAUAAAGAUAAGGCAGAUCUGAUGUUUGAAGGAGAAUAUGAAAGCUUGAUUGCGCUGUCCACAGCAAAUGAAGUUCGUGUUCCAAAACCUAUUAAGGUUAUCAGAAGCCCCAAGGCUGGAGCUAUGCUGGUCAUGGAAUAUGUAGACAUCCAACCUCUGUCCCACCAUGCUGCUAAACUUGGGGAGCAAAUGGCAAGACUUCACCUUCAUAAUUCAACACUUGGUGCCAAGAGGGCCACAUCAGAACAGUCCAUACACCAGAAAUACUCUGGAUAUGUCGACAAGUUUGGAUUCCCUGUGCAAACUUGUUGUGGUUUUCUGCCACAAGAGAACAACUAUGAAGACGAUUGGGUGACAUUUUUUGCCAAAAAAAUUGACCAACACGUGAAGUUAGCGGGAGACAGGGAAGCUGAGGCUGAAUGGAACAGCUUGUCACAGAACUUACAUAAGAUGUUUAAAGGGUUGGACAUCAAGCCAGCACUGCUACAUGGAGAUCUAUGGGGAGGGAAUGCUGGAUCAACUGAUGAUGGCCCAGUAAUAUUUGACCCAGCAUCAUUCUACGGCCAUGCUGAAUACGACCUGGCCAUCUCCAAGAUGUUUGGUGGGUUUGGUAAAGCCUACUUCAGCAGCUACCACACUCUACUGCCCCAGCUGCUCGGCUUUGAUGACAGACAGGAGCUGUACAUGAUGUUUCACUACUUCAACCACUGGAAUCAUUUUGGCGGUGGAUACCGGGGGUCGACAUUAAAAAUUUUAAAACAGCUUGCGAAGAAAUACUCCUGAUAUUUUACAACCCUGGAGAACUUAUUUCUGUCCAAGAAGGCUGGAACAUGAGCAGGUUAAUCCCCUGACUUAAUCCCCUCAGAGGUUGAGGGAUGUACAUCAGAUGCAGGGUCCAGUGACUGUGUAAAGUACAUGAGCUUGCUUUAAUGUGUUUAUAUGAUCCCUUCACAGAAGUGAGUUUUGAGACGUAGGAAAAAGUGCAAAGGUUUUUGUCAUCAUGCAUGAUGCUGUUGUGUGAGGAUGGUGCUGUUGUGUGAGGAUGGUGCUGUUGUGUGGAUGGUGCUGUUGUGUGAGGAUGGUGCUGUUGUGUGUGGAUGGUGCUGUUGUGUGUGGAUGGUGCUGUUGUGUGUGGAUGGUGCUGUUGUGUGAGGAGAGUGGUGCUGUUGUGUGAGGAGAGUGGUGCUGUUGUGUGUGGAUGGUGCUGUUGUGUGAGGGUGGUGCUGUUGUGUGAGGGUGGUGCUGUUGUGUGAGGUUGGUGCUGUUGUGUGUGGAUGGUGCUGUUGUGUGAGGGUUGUGCUGCUGUAUGUGGAGGAUGGUGCUCUUGUGUGAGUAGGAUGGUGCUGUUGUGUGAGGAUGGUACUGUUGUGUGAGGAUAGUGCUGUUGUAUGUGGAUGGUGCUGUUGUGUGAGGGUGGUGCCGUUGUGAGAGGAUAGGUCUGUUGUAUGUGGAUGGAGCCGUUGUGUGAGGAUGGAGCUGUUGUAUGUGGAUGGAGCUGUUGUGUGAGGAUGAUGCUGUUGUGUGAGGGUGGUGCUGUUGUGUGAGGGUGGUGAUGUUGUGUGAGUAGGAUGGUGCUGUUGUGUGAGGAUGGUGCUGUUGUGUGAGGAUGGUGCUGUUGUGUGUGGAUGGUGCUGUUGUGUGAGGAUGAUGCUGUUGUGUGAGGGUGGUGAUGUUGUGUGAGUAGGAUGGUGCUGUUGUGUGAGGAUGGUGCUGUUGUGUGAGGAUGGUGCUGUUGUGUGUGGAUUGUGCUGUUGUGUGAGGAUGAUGCUGUUGUGUGAGGGUGGUGAUGUUGUGUGAGUAGGAUGGUGCUGUUGUGUGAGGAUGGUGCUGUUCUGUGUGGAUGGUGCUGUUGUGUGUGGAUGGUGCUGUUGUGUGAGGGUGGUGCCGUUGUGUGAGGAUGGAGCUGUUGUAUGUGGAUGGAGCUGUUGUGUGAGGAUGAUGCUGUUGUGUGAGGGUGGUGAUGUUGUGUGAGUAGGAUGGUGCUGUUGUGUGAGGAUGGUGCUGUUGUGUGAGGAUGGUGCUGUUGUGUGUGGAUGGUGCUGUUGUGUGAGGAUGAUGCUGUUGUGUGAGGGUGGUGAUGUUGUGUGAGUAGGAUGGUGCUGUUGUGUGAGGAUGGUGCUGUUCUGUGUGGAUGGUGCUGUUGUGUGUGGAUGGUGCUGUUGUGUGUGGAUGGUGCUGUUGUGUGAGGAUGGUGCUGUUGUGUGAGGGUUGUGCUGUUGUGUGAGGGUGGUGCUGUUGUGUGUGGAUGGUGCUGUUGUGUGUGGAUGAUGCUGUUGUGUGAGGAUGGUGCUGUUGUGUAAGGGUGGUGCUGUUGUAUGUGGAUGGUGCUGUUGUGAGAGGAUGGUGCUGUUGUGUGAGGAUGGUGCUGUUGUGUGAGGGUUGUGCUGUUGUGUGUGGAUGGUGCUGUUGUGUGUGGAUGAUGCUGUUGUGUGAGGAUGGUGCUGUUGUGUAAGGGUGGUGCUGUUGUAUGUGGAUGGUGCUGUUGUGAGAGGAUGGUGCUGUUGUGUGAGAGAGAUGUGGUGUUGAUGGUUUCUCAACUGUGCGGGCUAUAUUCACAACUGAGGGUGGUGCUGUUGUGUGAGGAUGAUGCUGUUGUGUGUGGAUGGUGCUGUUGUGUGAGAGUGGUACUGUUGUGUGUGGAUGGUGCUGUUGUGUGAGGAUGGUGCUGUUCUGUGUGGAUGGUGCUGUUGUGUGUGGAUGGUGCUGUUGUGUGUGGAUGGUGCUGUUGUGUGAGGAUGGUGCUGUUGUGUGAGGGUUGUGCUGUUGUGUGAGGGUGGUGCUGUUGUGUGUGGAUGGUGCUGUUGUGUGUGGAUGAUGCUGUUGUGUGAGGAUGGUGCUGUUGUGUAAGGGUGGUGCUGUUGUAUGUGGAUGGUGCUGUUGUGAGAGGAUGGUGCUGUUGUGUGAGGAUGGUGCUGUUGUGUGAGGGUUGUGCUGUUGUGUGUGGAUGGUGCUGUUGUGUGUGGAUGAUGCUGUUGUGUGAGGAUGGUGCUGUUGUGUAAGGGUGGUGCUGUUGUAUGUGGAUGGUGCUGUUGUGAGAGGAUGGUGCUGUUGUGUGAGAGAGAUGUGGUGUUGAUGGUUUCUCAACUGUGCGGGCUAUAUUCACAACUGUUUGGUAUGUUAACAUGCUGCUAUUCUCACAACUUUUGUGGUGUUUUAAAUCUGUGAAUAUACCUAGUAGGUGAGCAUAUUAAAGAAUUAUACCAAAUGAAGUAGAUGAAGUAGAGUACAUGUAUACCUUAAGCAUCUAACUAUUGGUGGUCAGCAUGAUGUUGUGACAUCUUUACCUAGAUCAGGUGGCUGGAGUUGGGGAAUCUUAGACUCGUGACAGGGGUCAGUGAGGUCCCAUUGGGUCCUGCUUGGGGUCAGGGAGAUGAUAUUUGCUUGAGUCUGAGAAUACCCGUACAAUGUAACAGACAUUGUGGUCAGACCAUACUUUCCUAUUCUUGUCACUCAUACCCCGUCAGUAACAGAACAAAACUGCCAUAGCUUCUGACCCUUGUUAAAAUUAAUUUUAUUCUUACGCUUCAAGUACAUGAGUACCUGUUGUUUUUACCUGUUGUACAAGGAUACAAAUAAACCAUAUCCUGUCAAUCCUUCAAGUUCUAGUACUCUAGAUUUUUUAUUGUUGUGCGGCAGGCU